AUGAAGCGGCCGCAAAUAGUGCCUUCUGCUCCACCACCAGAAGCGUACUAUCUACCAGCACUUCCGCCUCCAAAGCAACCACCUCCACGAUUUCCUGGACCCACUAACCCUUUGCCACCACCAUGCUGGCAACCAUCACCUUCAUCCAUACAUCUGCUCUACCCUAGUAAUAGCCCAGAAAGUCAUGAGCUCAAUUACGAAGAGAUAAAUGAUAAGACUCCUGGAAACCCUGAGAAAACCUCACGAUUCAAUGUGAAACCCGAUAAAUACAAAAAGAAGCACAAUCCACAAUUGCACACGCAAAGAGGAUGCACUGAUGUCGCCUGCUGUUUCAUCUUCCUUCUUUUCACAAUUGGAUGGGGAGUGGUAGCAGCGAUUGGUGAGUAG